CCGCGUUUUGCCCUGCCCUUGUGUUGCUGCUCUGGUCGCGGCGCAUCGCGUCUCCACCGCAUUUCGCCUCCUUCCUCUCACAGUGACACAGAAAACGCAGGGGCUCACGCGUGUAUCUGUGUCUCGCUCGCUCGCGCUCUCUCUCUCUCUCGCGCGCGCAUGUGUGUGUAUGUGUUGCUGUGUGAGAGCGAACGCGCUGAAGAAGUUGUUGGCGCACAGAAGUGUCUCCGCUUCAAACGGAUUUCUUCCAGCCGGGGACAGUCGGAAUACGCGGGGCUUGUUUGUUUGUUUGUUGGUGUCCUUUGCAUCUGCGGGGAAGACACUGCGCUUCAGAGGAUGAGGUGGACGUGCCAGUAUCUGGAGUGAGGAGUGAUUUUUAUUCUUAUUUUUUUUAUUUUUAUGUUUUCUUUUCCAUUUUUUUUUUAAUUUUGUUUCUGUCAAUGAACACCUGACAGCUGCAGCGGCGCGCGCACUGGAGACGAGUCUUUCAAUUAAAGCCUCUUUGGAUUUAGUUUGUUUGUGUUCCCGACGGAUUCUCUUUUACCCCCACCCCCCACCCCACCCCACCGCCCAAACAUAUAUACCCCCCGCGUGAAACACCAUCAAGGGGUUUUCUUCACUGAUGUGUGCGAUGUGGAAACUGCAAGUCGCCUUCUUAUGCACUGUGUCGACGCUGCUGUCCCUGUCGUCUGGUGGUGAGAGCAAAGCGCGGAGCUGUAGCGAAGUGAGGCAAGCUUAUAACGCGAAAGGAUUCAGCCUCGACAAUGUACCUCAUCAGGAAAUAUCAGGUGAGCACCUGCGUGUCUGUCCUCAGGGAUACACCUGCUGCACGUCGGAGAUGGAGGACAAACUCAACCUGCAGAGCAAAGCGGAGUUUGAGAACAUAGUCGAUGAGAGCAGCCGCAACAUGAGGACGACGUUCGUUGCCAGGCAUAAAAAGUUUGACGAGACCAGCUCCCACAUCACUGUGUCGUCUCCCCUCUCUUUCUCCCUCAGUUCCUCUCUGGUGAUCCUCUCCCCCGAUUCUAUCUGA